GACAGCGGAGUCAGUCAGUCGUUCUUUGGAACUCGUCGCGAUAUAUUUUUUUUUACUUUAGAUGCUCUCGAAUAACGCAUCUUCGUUUUCUCGCUCGAUGGUUUUCGUAUUCCUCGAAAGUCGAUACGAAACGAAGAGAUAAAACGGUGAACCGCGGUGAAUAGCAACAGCAGAGUGCACUCAUCCGAACGCGCGUAUCAAAUGUCCAAAGAAUAAUUCGAUUGAGAAAAUCCGAAAGAAAAAAAAAUAAAAAAAUAUUCGUUAAAUAGAACCUUUGUUACGUAUAUAUUCGUCAUCGCCCUCGGGUGGUUCCCCGCGCCCUCCGUUGUUUCGGUGUGAGCUUUCCGGGUCGCGUUCAAUAAUGAGGGACAUGGCGGGUAAAAUAGCAGAGUUGAAAUUCGAAGCUCCCCUCGCGCGUUUCGAGGAGGAGGACACGGCCAGUCUCAAGAACAUGAAUUUGCUGACAGAUGCAGCAUUAUUCGAUACAAAGAAAUUCCAAGUUCGUAACAAACGUGAACCUAUUCGAUGCUUGACAGAACAAAUAUUGGACGCUGGUAUCGAGUCGAGUUUCGGUGAAAAUUACAACGCAAACGAAUUACCAUCGAGUUGCACGAAUCAAAAAACUCAACAGUUGCAACAAAAUCAACAAAACCAGCAACAGCUGCGUCAACGGCAUCAGAAUUAUCAAAACCAGGAACAGGAGCAGCACCAUCAACAGCAACAGCAGCAGCAACAACAACAACAACAACCACAACAACAACAGCAUCAACAACAACAACAACAACAACAACAGCAACGCGAAAACGGAGCUGACAUAAUGCAGGAUGGAACGUUUAGCCCUUUCAGCGGGAGCCUCGAGGAUCUCGUAAACACUUUUGACGAAAAGAUAACUUCGUGCUUCAGAGAUUAUGGCACGGAUGUUGAGUCAUUGGCGCCUGUUCAGGUCAGGACACAGGAGGAAAUAAUGAACGAGUGCCAGAUGUGGUGGACGAUAACCGGGACUUUUGGAAAUAUACUGCCAAUAGAUUGGAGUAAAUCUUAUGCAAGAAAGAUGCACGUGCCGGCGUUGAAUCUGAACGAGGCUGCACCGGUAUCCGUAGAACGGAGCGAGCUUGAGGAUUUGAGUAGCGAGGACGAAGCUGUCGCGACCGAUCUUGAUAUGCACGCUUUGAUACUCUCGAGCAGUACCGAUAGUCAUAGCCCCGAGGAGCCAUUGAAAACUGCCGAGGAAGUUCUCCGUGAAAUCGAUGAUAUAAUGCAGGAAAGUCCGUCAAUGGAAAGAUCACCGGAUUCCGAUGGCUCGCUACUCGACACCGACGAAGCACUCGAAAGAAGUCGCGAAGUUCUUGGCUCACCGCUUUACGAGAAAAAAUUGAAGGAGUUGUCGUCGGGAGAAUUGACCGGUGUUCUCGGUGAAAUGGAGUCACUCGUCGCGGCGCUGAGCGAAACAUUAAUAGCCGAGCUCGCGCUCAGAGAUGAGCUAGAGUUUGAAAAGGAACUGAAAAAUCAAUUCAUCUCGUUACUACUGGCUGUACAAAAUCGUCGACGACAGCAUCACGUUACGAAGAAGAGAGGACCUAUGCAAAAUGCCACUAGUCCAUUGCCGCAACAUAGAUCUUUUCACGAUUCAAAAUAUCUGACGACCGUUAUACCCUAUCACACGGACAACGGACCUCCGAACAAUCAAGCUCUCCAAGUUCUCAUUAAGAUACUGAAGGCGAUAAACGAGGACAGUCCGACGGUCCCGACUCUCCUCACGGACUACAUACUCAAAGUACUGUGCCCAACUUAGUGCGGCUCUUACAAGUUGAAAAACACGAGGAACGCAAAAACGGAGGAGAAACGAGUAUUUUUAACGUAAGAUGCGGAUUAAUCGGUAAACUUCUUGCCAUGGCGCUUUCGGCCAUGUCGUCAAAGUCAUCGAAUAAAGAAGACACGGACGACCUACGUUUGCUUCUGAUGUUAUUAGUUUGAUCAUCGGACGCGCGCAUCAAGUGUAGCCACUCGAUGCAUUUUUUUUCCUCGCCCUCUCUACACUAUGAUACUCUCCCAUCAUCUAGUCUUUGCGUAUAUUAUGAUUGUGAAACAUAAGAGAUACACGACGAAACACCCUCUUCUGUGUACAUUUUUUUCCUGAUGCAGCGUAUUUCAUGUUUUUCGUAUUAUCGUGCAUCAUUAUCAUCACUGUCGUUAUAUGAUUAAAAUAGUAUAGAUUCGCGCGUGAAAAAUACGCGCGCGGGACUUUUCGUUUUAUUAACUUUUGGCUCUAUUCGUUUGAAAAUAAUAAAAUGCACGCGUACACCGACACUCGCAGCAAGGAACUCAACCGUAAUAUACUUUCGAUUUUGUAAUUUUUUAAUUCCGUCUUUGUAUAUAAUGCCACACGCGAGCGCGCGAGCGCGAUCAUACACACGCACACGUGCACUGCACCCAUUAAUUUAUAUACGCAUGUAAUUGUAAAUGAGCCUUCGGUUAAACUUUCUUGCGAUAUACAAGCAGAUUUUGGGAUACAUGAUACGGAAGUGAACUCAACACAAAAUGCUCGCAUCAUGUACCGACGAAUCAUCUCUUAUUUGUAGUACGGUACAUUACCAGCGUCGUUAAAUCUAAGGAAUGUUGAAUAUAUAAAUUAAAAUCUCGUGCGGUAGAAUAAUGCAUUUCUUUUUUUUCUCCACUAUAAUCAAAUAUAUGACGUAAUACAUAAGUAUAUGAGCGCUCUGCGAGUGAAGAGAUGAAAAAGAAGGUUGAAGUAUGUUAUUGCGUGGGCAUCAUUCCGAGUAGUUUCAUAUAUAUCUUUAACCUAUUUAAAAAUAAAUAGAAUCAGAAGUGCGGA